UGCUUUUAGCCACCCGGUCCUAAAAAACAAGUGCUUGCAUAGAUUGGCGCGUGCUUUUUUAAUGUAAAACGGGACAUUAAUACCAGUUUUUAAAAUUAAAACGUGAUGGCAGAUUCCAUUGAUGACCUCUUUCAGUGUUUCGAGGAGGAUUCUGACACGGAAAAAGCUUCGUUUAAAAAUGAAUCGACAGAAAUCCAACCGUCAUCCGACAGUAAAACACAAGCGUCCAAACGCGAACAUGACGACGAUGCUGCUGUUGAGAGUUUUUCGAAAAAAGCCAAAACGGAGGAAGAAGUCGAUUUGCAAGACAUUAACCUAGAGGAGUUGAAAAAUAGAAUUGUUGUCCAUGUUAUUGAGUCGAUGGAGUCGUGCACGCACGAAGUUGCAUGUCCUCCGGGUCAGGAGUAUACGCCCCUGAAGACAUGCCGAGGGGAACCAGCAAAAACAUAUCCCUUUGUGUUGGAUUCGUUUCAGAAGGAAUCUAUUUUGUGUGUUGACAAUAAUCAGUCGGUUUUGGUUUCUGCACACACGUCGGCUGGGAAAACAGUCAUUGCAGAAUAUGCAAUAGCUCUCUCGUUAAAGAACAAGCAACGCGUUAUAUACACCACUCCAAUAAAAGCACUAUCUAAUCAAAAGUACAGAGAAUUUCUAGACGAAUUUAAAGAUGUAGGUCUUAUAACCGGAGAUGUAACAAUAAAUCCAAGUGCUUCUUGUCUUAUUAUGACAACUGAAAUUUUACGAAAUAUGUUAUAUCGGGGAUCGGAAGUAAUGCGCGAAGUCGGCUGGGUUGUUUUCGACGAGAUCCAUUACAUGCGUGAUAAGGAAAGAGGCGUUGUCUGGGAAGAAACUCUCAUUUUGCUACCACAUAACGUCCACUUUGUGUUCCUUUCUGCCACGAUACCAAACGCUCGACAGUUUGCAGAAUGGGUGGCACAUUUGCACGACCAACCCUGUCAUGUUGUCUAUACAGAUUAUAGACCAACACCUUUACAACAUUUUAUUUAUCCUGCUGGUGGUAGUGGCAUACACAUGGUUGUGGACGAAACUGGGACUUUUAAAGACGACAGUUACAAUGCUGCCAUGGCUGUUUUACAAAAUUCAGGUGAUGCUGCAAAAGGUGACGAAAAGGGCAGACGUGGAGGCAUAAAAAAUAAAGAUGCAACUCAAACUGACAUUUUUAAAGUUAUCAAAAUGAUAAUGGAGCGUAAUUUUGCCCCAGUUAUUGUCUUCAGUUUUAGUAAAAAAGAUUGCGAAGUGUUUGCAAUGCAAAUGACGAAGCUUGAUUUUAAUACAACUGCCGAAAAACACUUAGUGGAUGAAGUUUUUAAUAACGCGAUGGAUGUUUUAUCAGAUGAUGACCGGCAUCUGCCACAAGUCGAAAAUUUGUUGCCUUUGUUACGUCGAGGGAUUGGAAUACAUCAUGGUGGACUUCUUCCGAUUUUGAAGGAAACAAUCGAGAUUUUGUUUGGUGAAGGGUUAAUUAAGGCUUUGUUUGCAACGGAGACGUUUGCGAUGGGUCUUAAUAUGCCUGCGAGGACGGUUCUUUUUACUGGAAUGAGGAAAUUUGACGGACAUGAAUAUCGAUGGAUAACUUCAGGGGAGUAUAUUCAAAUGUCUGGACGCGCUGGCCGAAGAGGUUUGGAUGAUAAAGGUAUAGUUAUACUGAUGGUUGAUGAAAAGGUACCACCUGCUGCUGGGCGAAAUAUUGUUAAGGGUUUACCUGAUCCAAUCAAUUCGGCUUUUCACUUGACUUACAAUAUGGUCUUAAAUUUGCUACGAGUUGAAGAAAUCAAUCCUGAGUAUAUGUUGGAACGGUCAUUUUAUCAAUUUCAAAAUCAGACGGCUAUUCCUGGCUUGUACGAUAAAUAUAAGGAAAAAUUGGAGGAAUUCAAUAAUUUACAAAUUGAAAGUGAACCUCAGAUUGCAUCGUACCAUACAAUCCGGCAAGAAUUGGAUAAAUUGGGAUUGCAGUUUCGAUCAUACUUAACAAAGCCGAAUUAUCUUAUACCCUUUCUACAACCUGGACGUUUGGUCAAGAUAAAAGUUGGUGAAACUGAAUAUGACUGGGGAGCUGUGGUGAAUUUCAAGAAAGUUAGCGAAAAUAUACCUGGCCGUAAACACGGCAAAGCAAAUCCCGCCAAAACUUCCACGAAAGUUCAGGUGGAUUUGUUGUUGCACGUCAUGUCGUCUGAGGAUGGGUCCAACAAUAAAGACGUAAUCCCUAAACCUUGUCUGGAUGGUCAGCAGAAAGGCGAAGUCGAAAUUGUAAGCGUUGAGUCAACAUUGAUAACACACAUAUCAACCGUUCGGUUGUAUUGUCCCAACGAUCUGAGGCAGAAAGACACCAGAAAAGGGGUUUAUAAAUCGAUAAAGGAAGUGAAAAAACGAUUUCCUGAAGGACCGCCGCUUUUAAAUCCAAUAGACGAUAUGAAAAUCACCGAAUCUGAUUUCGUAGACAUUGUGAAAAAAAUCGAACAACUCGAGAAAAAAAUGUACGAUCAUCCUUUACAUAAGCAUUCGCUCCUAAAUACCGAAUACGAAAAAUACGAACAAAAAGUCAAAUGCAAGGAAGAAUUGGCGGUGGCUCGCCAAAAAUUACUUGAGGCCAAGUCGGUUUUACAGCUUGAUGAGUUGAAGUGUCGUAAAAGAGUACUGAGAAGGCUCGGUUAUUGCACUAAUACGGAUGUAAUACAAUUGAAGGGCCGGGUGGCUUGUGAGUUGAGCAGUGCCGACGAAUUGCUUAUCACGGAAAUGAUAUUCAAUGGAGUGUUUGGGAAUUUGUCACCAGCACAGGCGUGUGCCCUAUUGAGUACAUUUGUGUGCGAUGAAAAAUCCAACGAAAUGCCGAAAUUGUCCGAGGAAUUGUCGGGGCCCUUGCGUCAAAUGCAGGACCUCGCACGAAGAAUAGCAAAAGUAAGUACUGAAGCAAGAUUGCCAUUAGACGAAGAUGCGUACGUUGAAAGAUUUAAACCAGGCUUAAUGGACGUGGUAUUUUCUUGGUGCAAUGGUUCUUCAUUUAGCGAUUUGUGUAAAAUGACGGAAAUUUUCGAAGGAUCAAUUGUUAGAUGUAUGCGUAGAUUAGAGGAAUUGUUGCGACAAAUGAUCCAAGCGUCAAAAACUAUCGGCAAUACUGAUUUGGAAGAUAAAUUUAACACUGCGAUCAAAGUCAUCAAACGAGAUAUAAUCUUUUCGUCGAGUCUUUAUUUGUAACAAUUUUUCAUUAAAUGAACUGUAUUUUGAA